UCAGAUACGCCAUAUCAAUCCUCACCAUACAUCGAGAAAUUAUGUGGCACUAUGUCAUCUAUGGGCGACCAAGACGAUUGCUUGCUAACGUUGACUGAGUAUCAAGGUGCGGUACAUGCCGGAGACUCGGUUACACUUGCAGAAUUCGUGAUCACCGACCUUAUCGUUCCCCAUGUCCGGAGAGCAGUACGUUAUGCACUACUUCUCACAUCAAAAAAAGAGCCGACGAGUUUAAAGGCACAGUUCGUGAAGUCCCAUCUAAUCCUUAGAAAUAUUGGAGACACUCUCGGUAGCGCCUUUUUUGUACUCAGAGUCUUCCCGCGUGUCGCAAACCAUGAAGUUUUGACUUGUCUGGACCAAAUUAACAAAGUAAUGUAUAUGAUCGGGAAAAACCAAGACGUUGCUUCGAAGAAUCUCAUUGAGAUGACAAUGAAGAUGAAGAAGCUCCUUCCUCUCGGUGUUGCAGCCACCCAAGUGCUUGCUGGGUGAAGACGAAGUGAGAACAUAAUGCCAUUCGGGAUUGUCGUAAUUAUAUGAUUGAAAACUAUAUAUUUUAAUAUAUACUUUACUUUAUAAUAUAAUUGCA